AUGGGUUCUCUCAAAGAAGAAGAAAAUCAAACAAACAUUCAAUGGGUUAAAGGACCCAUCAUCAUCGGCGCCGGACCUUCUGGUUUAGCCGUUUCUGCUUGUCUGAAAAACAUCGGAAUCCCCACUCUAAUCCUCGAAAGAGACGAUUGUAUUGCCUCCCUAUGGAAGAAAAAAACAUACGAUCGUCUCAAACUUCAUCUCCCCAAGAAAUUCUGUCAACUACCCUUCCUUAAUUUCCCCAAAACCUUUCCAAAAUACCCAACAAAGAAACAGUUCAUCUCCUACUUAGAAUCCUACGCAACCCAUUUCUCCAUUUCUCCUAAAUUCAAUCAGGAAGUUCAGAAUGCUGAAUUCGAUUCCAAGUUUGGGGUUUGGAGGGUGAAAACCCAGGAUUCAGAAUACGUUUCCAGGUGGUUGAUUGUCGCCGCCGGCGAGAAUGCUGAGCCGGCGGUGCCGGAUAUUCAAGGGAUUGAGAAUUUUGAAGGGAAUGUUAUUCAUACAAGUGGGUAUAGUUCUGGUUUGGAUUUCAAAGGGAAAAGGAUUUUGGUUGUUGGUUGUGGAAAUUCUGGAAUGGAAGUUAGCUUGGAUCUUUGUAGAUUUAAUGCAAUUCCUCAUAUGGUUGUUAGAAAUACUGUGCACGUAUUACCUAGGGAGAUGUUUGGUUUCUCGACAUUCGGAAUAGCUAUGACAAUCCUUAAAUGGCUACCCAUUAGAAUAGUAGACAAGUUUCUUCUUCUAAUGUCAAACGUUAUUUUAGGAAACACAGAAAGAUUAGGUCUAAAACGACCUAAAACUGGUCCUCUUGAGCUCAAGAAUGCCACAGGAAAGACACCGGUUCUUGAUGUUGGAGCUCUCUCUCAUAUUAAAAGUGGCAAAAUCAAGGUGAUGGAAGGAGUGAGAGAAAUAACAAGAAAUGGAGCAAAAUUUGUAGAUGGUCAAGAGAGAGAAUUUGAUUCAAUCAUCUUUGCAACUGGCUACAAAAGCAAUGUCCUUUGUUGGCUCAAGGGGAGUGAUUUAUUCACGAAUGAAGGACGACCCAUGAUGCCAUUUGCGGAUUGUUGGAAAGGGGAAAAGAGAUUGUAUUGUGUCGGAUUCAAUGGGAAAGGUCUUUUGGGAUCUGUAUCGAAUUCGAUUAAUAUUGCGAAUGAUAUUGCUGAUCAAUGGAGAAUGUCGAAAGAUUGUAUGGAGAAAUUCACAUGUUGAAUUAGAAAAUUGGAGUGGGUAUGAAAAAAGGGGUAUA